UUGAUCUGAUUGUGCCAAAAUAAAGAAUUUACUGUCGCGUAGUUUGGUCUCUAAAUAAAGCUCUGAAUCUCAGCUCUGUGCUCGCGCUGUUUUCACCUCGUUAAACUUCUUAAACACCCCGUUUUUUGUUCGAUAUUUCAGAGGAGAAAACACAAUCACUCGCGACUCGAGAAGGCGCGCAGUCACAGACAGACUGAGUCUAUAAGGUUCUCAUGUGUUGUAUAAACGCGCGGUGCCUCUCGUCAGUUCAGCAUUACUGAUCGAGUUCAGUUCUUGUGACAGUUCAGAUCUAUUUAGAAGAAUGGCAGAAACCGCUCCAGCUCCAGCUGCUCCACCAGCCAAAGCGCCCAAGAAGAAAACUGCAGCCAAGGCGAAGAAAACGGGUCCGAGCGUGAGCGAGCUCGUCGUCAAAGCUGUGACAGCCUCCAAGGAGAGAAGCGGCGUGUCCCUCGCUGCCCUGAAGAAAGCGCUCGCCGCCGCCGGCUACGACGUGGAGAAGAACAACUCCCGCGUCAAGAUCGCCAUCAAGGGUCUGGUGACUAAAGGCACAUUGGUUCAGACUAAAGGAACCGGCGCGUCUGGCUCAUUCAAGCUGAACAAGAAGCAGGCAGAGACCAAGAAGGCCGCUCCUAAAACAAAGAAGCCCGCAGCCAAAAAGCCCGCAGCUGCCAAGAAGCCCAAAACUGCUGCAGCAAAGAAGACCGCCGCAAAGAAAUCUCCGAAGAAGGUGAAGAAGCCCGCUGCCACAGCCGCUAAGAAGGCAACGAAGAGCCCUAAGAAGGCAACCAAGAGCCCCAAAAAGGCAAAGAAGCCUGCGGCUCCUAAGAAAGCAGCAAAGAGUCCCAAAAAGGCGAAGGUUGCGAAGCCCAAGACGGCAAAGCCUAAAGCGGCCAAGCCUAAAAAGGCCGCACCCAAAAAGAAGUAAAGUCACCAGCUGAAGUGUUUUACUCUGAAAACAAACGGCUCUUUUAAGAGCCACCCACCACCCCACGAAAGAGUUUCAGAUCUGCAUGUUAUGAUGUGUUUAUACUUUACUCUAGUUUAAUUUGAACGGUAAAAUGAAUACGUUGGACAGUCGAUCAUGGUUAAGUAUUUGGCUGGAUCGUUUUCUGAUUAUAUUAAAUUGAAUCAAAGACAAGUGUUUGUGGCGCUUAGGUGAAAUUAACUAUGGAAUGUAACAUCAUAAAAAUAAUAAUUGGUUUUGGCAGUGGUAAAUUAUUACCCCAAAAACACAUUAAUACAAAAACAUAAUUAACUUUUGUAAGGGUGUGAUGAAUCCGCUUUUUUUAAAUACGCAGAGUAAAGACAUGAAUGUAAUUCGUUUUGGGAUCUUGUAUAAUUUGCGGCAGUUUAGACACUUCAAUGGUGCAUUACUGCCCUCCACAGUUAAUCUGAAGAACUUCGCCUCGUAGUUUAUUUCCUCAAAUAAAGACCAGUGUGGAGUAAAUUUGUUUUGGGUUUAUAUUUUAAUAUUUGUUUAAUUAAC